UAUAAAACCGCCCAGCAUACAAUCCUUUGAUAUCCUGUCAACUAUUUUUUUAUUGACAUUGACCAUUCGUCUAAUUCUGUAAUGCAAAUGUUUGUGCAUCUUUUAUUUUUUUGUGGCUUUCUCGACUAUACAACAGUUGGGAUACUUGAUGUUCCGCAGAAUGUAUUUAAAAAAGUGCAAACGGACAAAGAACAAUCAAACACUAGGUACAUUUCUCUUCAAGGCAAUCUCAUAUUACAGAUGAUAAGAAAAGCAGGUUAUCCCGUGGAAACUCACAUAGUACAAACGGAGGAUGGUUAUCUUUUAACACUUCAUCGUAUUCCACGUCAAAAUGGUGCACCCGUGCUACUCCAACAUUCUCUUUUGACUAGCAGCGCCGAUUUUCUUAUUCUUGGCAAGGAUAAAGGACUUGCUUUCAUACUGGCCAAUCACGGGUAUGAUGUUUGGUUGGGCAAUUUUCGUGGAAAUACUCAUUCGAGAGCACAUGUUUCAUUAUCUCCAUCGAAUUCAAAAUUUUGGAAUUUUAGCUUUCACGAAUUGGGCAUUUACGAUGUACCCGCGAUGAUUUUAUAUAUUACAAAAAUGACUUCGCGACCAUUGCACGCAUAUAUCGGCCAUUCAUUAGGCUCGACUGCUUCUUAUAUAAUGGCAGCGGAACGUCCAGAAAUUACUAGAAUGGUGCGAAUAAUAAUCAGUCUUGGACCUGGGGCUAUUUUCAAACGUGUAACAUCUCCGUUACGGUUGUUCUUCGAUUUCCUAACAAAUAUUCAGGAGCUGUUGCAGCUGUUUGUUAUAAACGAGAUUUUGCCGAUCAGCUCUAUGUACUCCUUGAGUAAGUCUAUCUGCGAUAUCAAUAAAGAAAUAUGUGCCACUGUGCUAUUUCUUCUCUGCGGUUUCGAUAGGGAGCAAUUAAAUAUUACUUUGCUGUCUACAUUUUUGAGUCACAAUCCAGCUGGUACCUCGAUCAAAACGAUACUACAUUUUCACCAGGUAGUUAAUUCUGGGAAGUUUAGCCAAUACGAUUACGGUCGCAUGAAAAAUCUACAAAUCUACAAUACAUCCGAACCACCGGAUUACAAUCUCGCGAACAUCACCGCACCGUUCGCGUUGUUCUACGCCGAAAACGACCCGCUAACCACCUUCCCGGAUGUGAAAGAACUCAUCCGGGUGUUACCUAAUGUAGUGGACGAUUAUACAGUGCCGUUUCCUAAAUUCAACCAUCUGGAUUUCGUACUUGCCACAGAUGCACCUCGGCUUGUAUACAAUAGAUUACUCAAGAUCCUAAAAGUACGAAUGUUAUAUUGA